ACCUGUAACACGUGCAGACGACAAUUGUCACGUGUGUUUAUAACCUCAAACAGUGAUAUAUAAACGCAAUUUAAAAAUGCUCGAAGAUUACUUGUUAAAAUGCCAUCGGGAGCAGUUGGAAGAAAUAUUGGAUGCAAUGGAUGUUAAUAUUUUUUACUCGAUCUAUAUAAACUUCGUGUCGUUAUUCGAAGAUGACGUCGAAGUGGCACAGAAAAUACUACAACGUCCUAGAUAUUAUUUGCCACUUUGCGACGAAGGCGCUGUAAAAGCGCAGGAAGAGAUAGCAAAACCAGAGCAACUUGUAAAACGAAAAGUUCACGUCAGAGUUACCGCUGUACCUUUCACAGUGGACCAAUGUCCAAUCGGUCAACUAGUCUCGAUAAGCGGUAUCGCGGUAAGGGUGUCACAGCCGACAGUGCUAAAGGUUGUUCAAAGAUACAACUGCAAGAAAUGCAAGCAUAUUACCAAGUUAAAAUACGAAUGGGAAACACAAAAAUUCACGGACAUUACAGACUGCGAAGAAUGUCAAGCACCGAACAUAAAACCCCUCACAGGUUUCGACGUAGAGGACUCGUCGGAUUGCCAGGAAUUAAGAGUAAAAGACAAAAAUAAAGUAGAUAGCACUAGGUCUUUCACCGAAGAACUGCAGAUCAUCUUGCUGGACGACUUAGUAGAUAAAUGUAUACCUGGAGAUAACGUUGAAAUCAGCGGAGUAAUCGUGAGGGUGUGGGGACCAUUAGAAGUCGGCGAACGUUUAGAAGCAACCACCAUUAUGUUAGCGAACAGCGUCUCGGUGAGACGUAAAGUGUCCGAGACGUUUUCCAGUCAGUCGAUGAAAGAUCUAUUCAAAAAAUACUGGGAACAAAACAGCGACAAUCCUCUGAUCGGCAGAGACAAUAUCGUAGCUUCGAUUUGCCCGCAAUUAUACGGGAUGUACUUGGCGAAACUAGCGUUAGCAGUCGUCUUAGCUGGCGGCGUCUCGAAGUCCAACGAAGGAACUCGAGUACGAGGCGAACCGCAUCUUCUCUUGAUCGGUGAUCCUGGAACGGGGAAGUCCCAGUUGCUCAAAACAGCGUCCCGCCUGGCUGCCCGGUCGGUUCUGACAACUGGCAUCGGAUCAACCGCUGCUGGACUUACGGCAACUGCUGUCAGAGUUAGUCAUCGUUCCGACUCAAACGGAUGGCACUUGGAAGCCGGAGCGUUGGUGUUAGCCGACGGUGGCGUCUGUUGCGUGGACGAGUUCACGACAAUGAAUUCCCAGGACAGGACCUCGGUGCACGAGGCUAUGGAGCAGCAAACCAUAUCCAUUGCGAAAGCUGGGUUAGUCAGCACUCUGAAUUCGAGGUGCUCGGUAAUCGCGGCGAUCAAUCCAAGCGGCGGUCGGUUCGACGACGACGAAGAAUGGGAAACGAAAUUGGGGGAUCCCCUGAUGUCGAGGUUCGACUUGAUACUGCUGUUAAAGGACAACAGGAACGAGGAAUGGGACAGGCUGACGUCGGAUCACAUUCUGAAAGCUGCCUGCGAGAACAACGAAGUCCCGGCGCCAAUGGAAUUGAACAAAUACAUCGAGUCGUUGGACACCGACGGAGUGUGGAAGGAGGACGCGUUGCGGGAAUAUUUCGCUCACGUUCAUUCUUUGCAACCGGAGAUGACUAAGGAAGCCGAGCUGGUGCUUAGAACCGCUUAUCUUUAUCACAGAUCCCGCCCGGGAAGAAGGGAAGAGCGAACGACAGUGCGAUUACUUGAUAGUCUUAUCAGAAUGGAUGUAACUUCACUGGUACCGGCUGGUCUUCUCGCGGGUCAAGUGGACCUGUUCGAGGUGCAAGCCGGUUACAAUAAAUUCUCCGAAAACUUGCGAAGGUACACGCCGCAGGCAAUACAGUGCGCGAUCUUCUGCGGUGGAUCCAGAUGCAAGUAUGAGAAUCCGAAAGCCUGGCCGCCGGUGCACAUGGCGAUACAGAACAUCUUUUCGCAUUGGGUGACCGACGACGUGCUCGCGAUGGCACGGCCGAACACCGAGCAAAUCAUAAAGAAAGACAUAAUCGCGCAAUUCCAAGGGUGGAGUAUAAAAACCAUAAUAAACUUGCAAACGCCGGGCGAGCAUGCGAGCUGCGGCGGCCCGCUCGAGGAAAGCGGUUUCACUUACGACCCCAACGUCUUCAUGAGAAACGGCAUUUACUAUUACAAUUUCGCGCUGAAGGACUACGGGGAUGCGACCAUGGGCAAGCUCCUGGAUAUGGUCAAGGUCGUGGCUUUCGGGGUGCAAGAGGGACGAGUCGCGAUCCACUGUCAUGCCGGCCUGGGCAGGACCGGUGUUCUCAUCGCGUGCUACCUCAUUUACAGUCUUCGUGUGCGGGCGAACGACGCGAUUAGGUUCGUCCGCAUGAAACGGCCGUCCGCGAUACAGACGCGGGGACAGAUACUCUGUAUCCAGGAGUUCGAGCACUUCGUUCUUCCCCAGAUGAUAGUGUUCCCUUUGAGCAGCGCUAUAGGGGAUCGGAAACCUUGCAGUCUCCAAUCGCACCUGAAGAAGCAGCACAACGUACUGCACGGCUACGAGCAGCGUACCUUCAAACACAUUCCAAAGAUAGUCUUCACAAUUUGCGAGAGAAUCCUCCAGCUCUGCGACUGCCAGGAGGACAAUUCGCCCUGCGAAAUUAAAUUCGAGGUGUCCAGCGCGUCUUUCACGCAUCGGUUCAUAUCGCACGUGUUGGAGAAGCUGCGGGACAGCAAGGGGAACAUCAGGCACUCUUAUUCGUGGGCUGAGUCGCUCGCCGACUCGUCUCUAGAUUUCUCCAGUUCCGCGAAAGCCUGCGCGAGUGGCAGCCAGGCGUCUUCGAGGGGCACUUCCGACGACAUUGGACGACUGAGCGACGUGUUCUGCACCUCUCCGGAUACUCCAUCUUGCGACUCCACCUUCCCAGGUCUCGAUGACAACUGCGUGGACGACGUCCUCGGCGACGGGAUCCACUGUCAGGAUCUCAUCGAUAACGAUUGCUACAAGGAGAUCCAGUCGCAUAUAGAUCUGAAGGCUGCUGCUCAGAACGCAGCCUUCGAAAGCGUGAGCACGGAGGAAGCCAUCAGAGCUUUGAUCAGGGACAACGCAACGUUGCCUGAUAAGACGAAGAAACGUUUGCAGAAUUACCAGGCGGAUCUGAACAACAGAUCGACAGCCUGGCAAAGGCUGCAGCUGGAGACCGACCUAGACGUCUUGUCAGGACUGCUGUUCGAAUGGCUGGAGACGUUGAAGCGACCGUUGCUCGACAUAGACAGUCUAAGUUACAUCGUCGUCUGGAACUCGAGGCCUCAGCGAUGCCUCGAGAAGUUGCCGGCCUGCAACAGAUACCUGUUAGAGUAUCUCCUUCGAUUCAUCACUCGACUGAGGCCGAUGACAGCCGAGAGCCAGAGUUUGCUAACGAAACGCUUCAUGGCCACCCUCACGCAACAGAGUAUCUGGAUCAAGAGUGCCUUCUAUCCUUCCAAUAAGAAUUUCCAUAAGCUCCGCCGGGGGACCGCGGCGAAGCUCAACGAAUUUUUCAUCAGGCUGAUGAACCUGAUCGAGGAGGUGAACACGCAGGAAACGGAGAAACCCUCGUGGACGUCCAAAUGGGAAUUGGUGUCCAACCAAUUGGGGCAAAUCGACACGAAGGACGAGCAGGCGAUUUGCUCCGAUUAGAGGACACCUCGUGUCACGAAGGUUGUAGAGAUUAAGUUUCGCUCGAGGAUAACGGAGAGCAGUCUGUGCUCGGAGUAUUUAUUUUUACAGUAAUCGAAUGUUGUCUCGUUCGUGUCGCGUAUAUUCCAGGCUAUCUUGUAAUUGAAU